AUGUUUGAAAAUAUUUUUGACCCAUUCAAAUCUUUUCAGCAAAUUGCACUUUUUAUUAUAAUACCAUUAUUAAUUGGGGUACAUCAAGAAAAGAUCAGUGUUCAAGUAGCAGGAGAUAUAAUAGUGUGGUAUAUAGCAAUUAGCUUUGGAAUUUAUUUAUUUAAAACGCCAUUGUCGUUAUAUUUCACAGUUAAAGAAAAAACCCAACUGUUAAAAGAACAAAAGAAUUUUUUUGACAAAGAAACCUAUAAUAAAAAAGACUAUGAACUAUAUCAAUUAGAAUGGAGGUUAUUUAUUUUUUCAUUUUUAUCACCUUUUGCAGCAUUAUUAAGUUGGUAUGGAUUAGAGAAAUUCUGUAUGGCUUACUCAUUAACAACACUUAGUAAUUUAUUACACCCAUACUUUAUUAUUAUUGCAGGAUUUGUAACAUCAUACCAACCAAUAAUAAGCUUUAUGGAUAAUUUCAAAGGUAGAAUUGACCAAAUAUACCCAAGAUUAAAAUAUGAACCAACAAAUGAAUUAUAUGAUAGUGGCUCGUUUAAACAACCCUCUUCUUCACUACAACAAUCCUCAGAUGAUUUAGGCUCCUCAUCCUCUUCCUCAUCCUCUUCAAACUCUGCAACACCAAGAACACCAUUAUUUCAAUCAUCAAAUAGUUUACCAAACUUGGCAAUAAAUCAAGAAGCUCUAUUUAAGAAUAUAGUUUAUAGUCAUUCAAAGAGUACUGAAGACUCUUUAAGAGGUGAACUGGGUCAAUUUAGAAUCGAAUUUUCAAAUUACAUUAAAAAUUUAAAUUCCGACAACAAUCAAUUAAAAAGAGAUAUAAGAGAUUGGACAUCAAAGAAAUCAAGUGAAUUGGCAAAAGCAGAAUCUAGAAUACUCAAUUUAGAAAAUCAAAUUGAACUAUUACAAAUGCUUUUAGAAAAAGAAAAAUCAAACCAUUCGUCCAAAUCUUCAGAUAUUUUUAAAAUAUUUUCACAUUGGGGUUCUCAAAAAAUGAUAUCUUCAAAAUAA